AUGCCAGUAGAUCUCUCUUCUGACUGUGAUUGUCCCCACUGUUUGAAUUGUGUUCAGAGUGACUCUGAGUGGAAUCUUGAUUCCAGGAGUAGAAGUCAUUACUCUUUACCUUAUAGAUCAGGGAAGAAAUCCAAGCCUUCUCCCAGCACACAGAACUUACUUUUUCAAAGUUGUUCCAAGCUGGAGGAUGAGAACAAAGAAGAUCCAGUGUUUGUUGCCACCCAGAAGAAAAGCUCUAUGGGGUUUUCUCAGAAAUAUCGUAGUCUAAGCUCUGAGGAUGUCAAAAAGAAAUUGAAACCAGUGGGUGAGAUGACUAUUCAAGAUUUACUAAAGGAAUUUGGAGAUUGUGGGACGAUUCACCCGAACUCUAUGUCUGUAGGCCACUUUAGAGAUCAGGUAGUUGUGAAGUUCAGAAGGGCUCUGUAUUAUUCUGGAAUAUGGGUGAAAUAUGUCCAAGGCUACAAAUUUGAUAAACACUUGUCUGCUAAUUAUUUCCAAAAAAAUCCUGGAAGCCUCCACCGGCUAGUCCCCUGGCUGAAAAGGGAAUUAACAGCUGUUUAUGGCAAUUAUGGAUACACAGUGAAGAAUAUUCUGAGUGCUAUCCUUCGUCACAUGACAGAAUAUGAUUUGGAUAGUGGUUCCUUCAUUCACCUUCUGGAACCAUAUCUCCAACAACAUACCCAUCAUUUUCUACAUGAGUUUAUCAGUUUCGUUCACUCACCUUACAAUAUGGAAACCUAUGACCAGCGAGCCAUCUAUCAAUGCAAUCCUACUUCCACGUGGGUGCAAAAUGAGGCCAGAGCUUCAGCUCCUGCUUCUUUUUGGCCUGAGGACUGUGCUCCGAAUGCAACUCAGUAUGACACAAAGCAGUCUCAGAACACCCAAGUUCAAUGGAAUCGUGAGGAGAGGCCUCAGUCUGGAAGGAAAGCAUUUCCAAAUGGCAACUCUUCCUUGAAAAAUGCUAAAAUUCCCCCAGUCCAUCAGGAAACAGCAAGCAACAUCCAUGUUUGUACCAAAGACAAACUAAAAUCAAAUGGUCACAAAGGCAUAGUUUCUAAUAAUAAUGAUACAAUGCUUACUUGGUCUAUCCCAAGGAAAAAAGUCCCAGGUACAGUGGAUUGCAAAAAUUAUGCUCAGGAGAAAAAGGAAGAAGGGAUGAAAUUGUUUCCUGGUCAUGCUGAGGAUCUACAAAAGAGUGAAACACCGAACUACAACUUCAGUACUCGAGAAAGUUCCAAUGAAGCACAACCUCGGAAGUUCACCCAAAGAGAAGAAAAGGCUGGGUGCACUGGACAGAGAAUACAUUUCCUGACAAAAGAAGGAGAAGGACAUAAAUAUACCAAAUAUUCGCCCAAGAGUUUUCAAAGAUGGCUCAGAGGAAGAUCCUUGACAAAUUGCAAAUGCAAAGAGAAAGACCGCUUUUGGAGUUGCCUCCCAGAAAAUUUCUUUUCUCCUAAAAGAGGUGCUAGAGAGCUGAGUUCUCGCAGAAAAAAGAGAAAAAAGUGCAGACAGUCCCCACAAUUUGCCAAAUUCGGUUCACAUUUCAGCAGAACCCCCAAAAGACAAUCAAAACGCAGUAGUCACCGAUCUAAAUCCUUGAGUGUCAGGCCUAGAAAGAGAUCUACAAGCAGAGAAUUGAGUGACUUCUCACUGGGAGAAAGUCAUGAAAGUGAGCACAGCUCCCUGCAUAUGUGCUGUGACUGGUCAAAAGAAGAGAAUGCGUGUGGCUGUGAAGCGAAUAGCAGAAGGGCAUCCUUCCCUCUCCUACUCGUUACGCUUCCUUCAACUUCUAGGAAGAAGCCUGACUUGCCUUCUAAAUGUGAAGAUGCUUCCCAACCCAGAAGCAACUGUAGCUGCGUCACUUGCCCACAGCCUGGGAUACAUAGAUCCCCUAGUAAACAGGACAUGAAGCCCCAAAUCCUGUUUCCUCAAGCCAGAAAAACGAGGUGCAAAAAGACUGAUUGCCAUUGUGCAGAUAUGAAAAGCAUGGUGGAGGAGGCUGGUGAAUUGCGGGACCUGGAUGAUAAAAAGGAAAUGGACCAUCUUCCUGGAUUUGUACCUUUCUGCAAGAGGAAAAUCCACAAAAGCCAGAAUUCAAGUCUUCAGAGACAUGGAAGUGUCCAAAACGAACACAGGAGAGACCUGGCAUCAGAAAGAUAG